GAUAUAUGUUCGGGAUGCCAUGAUUUGAAAUUGUUUAUGUUUUAUAUUUGAAAUUAUAGCCCUUUGAUUUAGUAAAACUUCGGACUCAUCGAAGAACAAUCAUUCCAAAAUUAACUUCCGUGUCAUGAAAUAUAUAAUAGUUGAUUUUCACUAUCUCUUCGGAUAGCAAUAACUGAAACUUGAGGUUGAAGUGCGAUUGUCAACGCUCACUGUUCAAUCACAAUGGAUUUUUUUGCUGUGGGACAAAAUAGAAGAUAAAUUCUAAAGUUUGAUGAUUUUAUCACAGUUGUGAUUACAUGUGAACAUAUGCAUUGUGCAUUUACAAUAAAAUAAAAGCAGCAUUAAACAGUGAGAUUUUCGAAAACGAAAAUAAAAAAUAAAACGAAAGUAGUAGAAAAAAGGAAGAUUACAUACCCAGAGGCAUAAUAAUGAGAUCAGAAUUAUUGUUGGUUUAAAAAGGAGAAAAGUGGCAAGGUACACAAAUGUAUCUAUACUUAAGGAGUGAGGGUCGCAUUGUCCGUGCUCCAAUUGUGACCCUAAAGGACUGCCUUCGGCCUACCGUGGGCCAGUAUGUGGAGGCGAGGAUCGAGCCCGCCCUCUGGUACAAGGUUCUCAUUCUCGACUCUAUCUUCAUAGACUGUGAUCACAGGGCCAUACACUGUAGCUGCGACAGUGAUGAGAAUGCGCGCGCACUUCAUUCUCUGGAACCAGCGGCGUUGACACUUGAGGUUGUGGCAGAAUUCUUUAGUGAUAAAGAUUAUACAUUUGGGGAUGGGCAUUUCUACGACUUCGAUCCAAACGUUGAUGAUUUGUUUGAAACAAGUCGAAAUAUUGUUAUUCAUUUGCGGUGUGUUGACAACGAAGACAUGAUUAUAUGUGAAGAAAUAUUGAAAUUAAUACACGUUUUUGUUUUGCCUGACAUUCGGUUCCUUUUAAAACACCGCCAUGUGCUUCUGAAGGCAAAAACUGAAAUCGAAAUGUAUCACGUCGAUGUUGAAAAAACAAUUAAGCACACCGAUGAUACGAAAAGGAAUUUGGAAAAAGCGCUUAGAAGAAGAAGAGAACAGAUUCUUAAAACUGGACAGUUUGAUAGCCAGAAGUAUGUUUCGACUCUAAACAACGACUUUCUGCAAAUAUUGUUGAAACACAUAUGUAAAGACAUAAUCUUAUGGAAUGAGUAUUUAGAAGUAAAACAAAAAGAAAUCCAACAAUUAAGAGAUUCGGCAAACGAAACGGACAUUCAUGUGUUGAGUAAAGCUAGGUCAGAACGAGAAAUUGUCGUGAAAGCCGUAAACUGGUCUAUAAUAGCGCGAGAAGAAAUAAAAAAUGUGCUCGGUAGAAGUCACGUCAAGAGGAAAUUUCGACGCCAGAUAAGCAGACUAUCGGAUGAACAUAGUGCUUACAUGAAUGAAACUAAGUCUAUAGAUAAGUUAAAUGGAUCCAUAAGAGACUUAAUUUAUUCAAAAAUCAAGAUCUCAAGUGUCCGGGAAGCAGUUUUGUUAACUAUACAAGAAGUUGACUCAGACGGUAAGUCGUAUGGUUUCAACAUUAAGAAAAGUGCAUUUGAAAAUGAAACCGAUUUCUUUGAUUCUCGUGCAAGUAAGUUGCCAAAAGACUGGACGACUCUGGAUGAGCAAGUGAAAGAUGUAUUGAAUAAAGUUAGCCUGAAAUCAAAGUAUACCACGUUUUGUGAACGAAUUAAAGAUCAGUGUCGGCGUUUGGGAAAGGACAAAGAGUUAUUUGCAGGACGACCAUCAUUUCUUGAACCGUUAACCAAAUCGAUGGAGGAGUUAAUUACAAGGACUGGGAAUUCUAGCGUCGAUAGACGUGCCUCAAAAUCUAGGAACGGAUCUUGUAAACCGUCUCCUGAGAUAAUUGGCGUUGAAAAGAGAAAACAAAGUUUCUCCUCAACUUGGUCAAUGGGUAGCAUAUCCAAAACUGACUGCCAACGUAUUUGCAAAGAUAUCAGCAAUCAUAUAAUGGAAAUGGCCGAAGAAAUUUCCAAAGAGUUUCCUCACAGCCAGCAAAACAAUUUCGUGAAUAAAGUUUACGUGUGCUACGAGCAAAACCUUGCGGAUGAGUUAAUGCGGGACAUGUGUGAUGUGUACGAACAAAGCUACAAAGCUCAAUGCUUUAGUUUGGCAGACUGGUUGAAAAGAAAUUCUGUAUCAGUGGGUAAUUUAGAGGAGGAAAUUUUACGAAAAUUCACGUGUUCCUCUUUAGAUUAUGAUGACGACGAUGAUGAAGAUGAAAUAGCUGCUGGGGAGAAAGGCAAUACAAGGCGCAUGGCAAAGCCGACAGAAGAUACCACUGACGCAAAAUUACAGUGUGAACAACACGAAGAUCUAGUUCAGUCGUUAAUCAGAAUUUUAGACGUUUCAAUGAAGGAGGCGGAACAAGAAAGAGGUGUUUGUGGGCCUCAAACAGACGAAAUUAUGUCUCAGUAUUUGGAACCAUCGAUUGCAAGUUCAAAUGGCGUUCCUAAUAACGGUUGUGCUCGUGGGGAAGAGAACGCGGCGUUAUCGGAAAACGACUGUUUAGAAACGCAUACAUAUGUUAAUGAAUUGGAUUUAUUGAGAAGGGAAUUUUACACGAUCUUCAAGCAUUUUUACGAGAUAGUUGACGAGGAGCAAGUGGCAGUUUCAUAUUUCAGCAAAUUACGUACCUUUACAAGAGCAGUCAAAUGUAUCGAGGAGCAGAUUUCCAAACACCAGACUACAACGACAGAUCUUUGUGCCGAUGACUUGCUAGAUGUUCUGAUUCUCCUUUUGCGAAAGCUUGAACCACAAAAGUUCCUACAGUUAUAUGCGCACCUGAAUCUUCUAAUUCACCUCAGUCCCCAGUUCAUGCAGGGAAACGCCCACGACUAUUCUCUUGUCACCAUCAGCGUGGCUUAUCAGUACCUCUUUGAGCAACAGCUGCUGAAUAAAACCCCAAAAUCAUAGGGUUUUUUGUAAUGUGAUGUACUAAACGUACUUUACAUAAAUAAGUGCAUUUAAGCGGAUAAAGUACCCAGUUGAUACAUUGCACAGGAUAUAAUAUGAGUUUUUGGAACAUUUUUAACUGCUGAAUAUUUAACAUAUUUACCUUUGUCUAUUUAGUUAGUGGACGUUGUUACUUAAGCAGUUUAUUUUGUCCACGAUAAUUCAGUUUCUGUUAAUAUAUUAUAUAACUGUAAUUUAUACUAUACGGCAUUGUAUUUUACAAGCGCGUGCUAUUACAGGUAAUCGUUGAUUCAAUUGACGCUAUUGUCGGACACUUCAAUUUUCGACUUUAAGUUUUCGGCCACCUGUAUAUUGUGAAUAUUUUUCGUAUCUAAGUUUUCGGACACGAACAAAAAUAAUUAUUUUUAAGUGUCCGAAAACAAAGAGUAAUUACGGUAGCUCAUCAGAUCUUAAAGUACUCAAAACGGAGCUUAUCUGGUUAGUCACCAUCUGUUGUGCGUCGUCAUUAUAUGCUAUCAAUAGUUAACAAACCAGGUACAUGUAUUAUUAAUUUGACGUAUGUGAGCGGCGCAGAGCCAUGUGGGACCUUUUUUAUCCAUAGAAACCUGUUGUCAUUGUUUUCUCAUAUAAUCAUUAAUUAGCUCGUUUUUGUACGUGUUUUUAACCUUUGUCGUUAACGAAUUUUUUAAUUAUGUUGGUUUCCAUGGUAAUAUUUUUUUAUAUUUUAAAAUCAUCUUAUAACGUUACUUAUGUCAAAGUUUAAAAAAAAAAUUGCGUCGGUAAAUGACUUUAUGCUCAGCCUACAAAUUACAUUCACUCAAUACGUUUACUCAAAACAGUUCUAACGUAAUACUAUCAUUUUUAAUAAUACCUCGAUUCUUUAUCACCUGAUUAUGUAAAAACUUGGAAUAUAACACAUUAAAUACUGUAUAAUAUUUCAUAAAAAUUUUAUUCAAAAUAUUGGCAAUAAUGGGCGAUGAGUGACGCGCACUGUAUUAAAUAUGAAAACACGAAAUGUAUCCAAAGUAAGGAACAGCUAUUAGAAUAGCAAAUAGCUAUUAUUCGAUUAUUUGUUGGUGUCCCGUAUGUUUACGUAUGAUCCCUUUGUCCUUACUUAAACAGACCAUAAACACUAUUUUUCAUGAAAAAAAUCUAAUUAUUGUCAUAGGAAAUUGCUAUAAUUUUUCGUUGUUUCCAGUAUUUUUUGUCCGAAACGUUGUAAUUAUCAUAAAUCUGUUUCAUAACAUAUACAUUUUUAUAUUCGAUUUUGACUGAAAUGCAAUAUUCAUCAAUUAUUGAAUUUAUACAAUACACAUGUUGUUUGAAAUAAAAAUAAAACGAAAAUCCAUUUCAUCAGGAA